AUGGAUUCAUUUUCCAUAGCUAAUUUAGUUGAUACACAUUCAGAAGGAACAAAUGAUCAAGACAACUUUAAUGAUGGAUCAGAACAAACAAUGAAGAAUACAUCUUUGAUAAAUACAUUUUUAAGUUUAACAUCAUUAUCAUCUAAGAGUAAAAUUUAUAAUGAAUCAAUGAAUGUAAUUAGUUCACAUUGUAUUAAUAACAAUGAUAAUCAUAAUAAUAUGUCACAUUUGGAAUCUAAAUUAAUCAGUUCAUCAAAGGAUAUUCCAUUUAUGAAUAAUGAACAAAUAUUAUUGGGGAAUAUGUUAGAGUCUAAAUAUGAAUUUCUACCACAGAAUAUCAAUGAAUUAAAAGGUUCAAAACAGUCCAUUUCCAAGUUAACUAGUAACAAUAAUGAUGUUGAUAACAGUUUUAAUACAUCUACAGUACAACAACUAUUAUCAUCAUCAACAGCAGCAUCACAUUUUAUCUCUUUCAAAUCAAUUCCUGAUAUUCUACUACAAAAUUUAAAUGUAAAUAAUUUAUAUAAACAACAAGAUAAAUCUAUUAUAGUAAACAAUACAAAUCAUUGUACAUUGAAUAAUUGUAACAAUGAACACUUAGAUACUAAUUAUAUGAAUGAGAAUAUAUGUAAUACAGAUUUAAAUAUGAAUGAAAAAAAUAUCUCCAAUAAUAAUAAUAAUGAUUAUGUAACUGAAUUAAUGAAAAAAUUAGAAGCCUAUGGAUUAUUAUAUUCAAUUUACAAGAGUAAUAAAGACAUGUCAUUGAACAUAAAUUGUUCAUCAUGUAGUGAUCCUAUAACAACGGUUACUCCUACAGAGUGUAGAAUCGAUGCAUUACCUAAUCAUAAUAAUAAUACUGAUGAGAAACGUGCAAAUUCUCUUCACAGUAAUAAUAGCAGUAUUAUUAAUAAUGAUAACAGUCAAAUAGUAAAUGACAAUCAAGUCUAUUUUAGUAUAAACUCGAUCAAAGACUAUUUACCUUUUGUACCAAUGACGGAAGCGGGAUCAACAGUAGCGACAACACAGACAACGAUAGUAGGAGGAGUUAAAAAUAAGGCGUUAACACCUAGAAUUUCGUCAUUACAUUCACCACCACCACCGACAACAACAACAACAAGAACGUCAACAUCAGCAACUGGAAUUACUCGACGGAAACGUACCAGAGCAGCUUUUUCACAUGGACAAGUUUAUGAAUUAGAAAAACGAUUUAAUUAUCAACGUUAUUUAUCGGCUACAGAAAGAGCUGAAUUAGCUAGAUCAUUGAGAUUAUCUGAAACUCAAGUGAAAAUUUGGUUUCAAAAUAGACGAUAUAAAACUAAAAAACGGUUGAUCAGUCGAAUAUUAAAUCCAUCAAAUCAUAGUUCAGAUGAUUCCAUUCAAAAUGAAACUCAUUUAGAUGAAUUCAAUGCUCUAAAUUCAACACCUCUUGAACAUUCAAAAUAUUCCAUGUUUAAAAUGAAUUCACCUAUGCAAUAUUAUUCAGAUCAUCAACAUCAAAGGCAGAAAACACAACAAGAGGGACAAGGUCAUAUUAAUAAUAAGAUGAAGAAUAUAUUUCAUUUUAUUGAAAUACCACAUUUAAUUUCAAAAAUGCCUCCAUCAGAAUUACUAGGUAACUUGGUUUCAGUAACCUCAAAUAGAAAUAUAAAUCAUCAGUAUCAUCAUCAACAACAUCACCGUAAUCAUCGCCAUGAUCAUCGUAGUAAGUUAAAUAGUCAAUCUGCUCAAAUAAAUGAAAAUUUCAAACAAUUGAAAUCAUCACAGUAUGUGAAUAAUUUUUUAAAUCUUGGAAAUGAAAUCGAAUUUCCAAAUUUAAAACAUUUAACAUCAUCAAGUUUAGAAGAAGAUAAUGGUGAAACAAAAGGAACACGUUCUAUUGAUCUUCAUCACAAUUAUUAUCAUGAUGACAUUUCGCAUAAUUCAAAUCUAUUUCAUUAUAUGAAUAAUACAAAACUGUUACAUCAUCAUCAUCUUAGUCUUCAGUCUUCAGUAGCUGAAUGA